AUGGUGAUUUUCCUACAAUUCAGCCUUGGGCUCUCACUGAACAUCUUUCUCCUCCUGUUCUAUAUCCAUGUGGUCUCCACCAGCCAAAAGUCCAGCUCCUCCGACCUGAUCCUCGUCCACCUGGCCUUGGCUAACACCAUCAUCCUCCUCACAAGUGGAAUCUUAGAGACCUUGUCAGCUUGGGGGCUGAGAAAUUUCCUCGACGAUGUUGGAUGUAAAAUCCUUAUUUACCUUUACCGAGUAGCCCAGGGUCUUUACCUCUGCACUACCUGCCUCCUGAGUGUCUUCCAGGCCAUCACUAUCAGUCCCAGUACCUCCUGUUGGGCAAGAAUCAAAGCCAAAUUGUCCAAGCGCAUCCUCCCCUCCUGUGCCCUCUCCUGGGUUAUCAAUCUGCUCAUAGAAUUGGAUGUACUGAUAUAUAUGAGAAGCCCCCAGAACAGCAGUGGCAAUGUUCGAACCAUAUUGGAUCUCAAAUACUGUUUUGAAGUCAUCAAAAGUGCAGAAACCACCUUGGCCAUUACGAUCAUGUUCUCUUUCCAUGACCUGUUAUUUGUGGGGCUCAUGAGCGUGGCCAGCUGCUACAUGGUGUUUGUCCUGCACAGACACCACCGGCAGGUCCAGCACCUUCAUGAGCCCAGACACUCCCCCAGGGUGAUGCCUGAAGUCAGAGCGGCCAAGAGAGUCAUUGCGCUGGUCACCCUCUAUGACCUUCUCUAUGCAAUGCAGGCUGAGGGUUUGAGUCAACAUGAAUGA